GUGUAAAAGAAGACGAAGAAGAAGACCUGUCAAUGGCUGUCAUAUUUUUAGCAACAACCACGUCCCUGGUCACAUAACGUGGUGUAUUUAAGAACCGUAUCCUUAAUUUUAUUUUAGUAAGUGCGUAAAAUGCUGCCAAAUCGCUGCUAACACAGACAGACUUGAGGCGGACGCUCGUUAGCCACCGCGAGCGUGUUAUUAGCGUCUCGUAGCUCCUUGCCGGUUGCCUUUUUCUUGCAUUUUACGAACAUGAGCGACGACGAAGCUACGGUCCGCAAGGACUCUUCGAAGGCCAUCCUACUCACCAAGGACGGCCAGCGCUACAUCGUGGGAGACAGCCGCUCGGUGGACAGCCGCGACGUGAUCACGCUCAUCCCCAUGGAGGCCACCGACCUCAUGGACCUGGACGACGCCGACGAGGAAAGCGAUGUGCUGGAUGCGUCCGACCCGCGGGACGGCGCCGGCAGCCCCGAGGAGCUGAACGACGACGAGGCGUCGGAGGGCGACGGCACCGCGCCGAAGCAGUGCACUUACGACGGCUGUACUGAGACCACCACGCAGGUGGCCAAGCAACGCAAGCCGUGGAUGUGCAAGAAGCACCGCAACAAGAUGUACAAGGACAAGUACAAGAAGAAGAAAAGCGACCAGGCCAUGUCAACCAACAAAAUUGACGACAACUGUGAAGAGCGUCCUGUGUCUGUCAACAAGCAGCGUUUAGGGGUGAUGGGGGACCGGCCGGCCAGACCCUCCCUCAUUGAGCAGGUGCUCAACCAAAAAAGACUGUCACUGCUGAGGAGUCCCGAGGUGAUUCACUUCUUGCAGCAGCAGCAGCACAUCCUGGCUGUGCAGAGUCGAAGUCUGGCGCUGCAGCACAACUUCAGCGGCUGUUGACGCUCCUAAUACUCAGUCGCGCUAUUAUUUAUUGUAUGUACAGUUAAGAAGUUUGUGGUGCAUUUUGUUGUU